CAAGAAACAGUUUCCCGCGUUUCGUGAAUUCUUGAGCCCAAGACGCAAAACAGGAACCCAAAUUCCCACUACUUUUGGCUAGCAAGGAUUCCAGUUAGAGAAACCUGAUUUAUGCCGUCCUAGGUCACUUCCUGGGUACAAGAUGUCAGCGCCGGCGGGCUCCGCACCGCUUCCGCAUCGGUCGGUCGCUAACAUCCGGUCGCCGUCGGGAGCGAGUGGGCCGUCAACGCCGCUGCGGCCGAUCCCGUCCAACUUUGGGUCGCCAUCUAGCCUCCGUGCCGACGAGGAGAUAAUCAUCAUUGAGUUUGGCACCCGGAAGCUGCAGGUUGGGUUUUCAGGGGACCCGGCACCUAGAGGAUGCAUUUGGUUCGGCCCAGACCAGCAGCGUCGGGUUGGUGAUUUCCGAGACUGGCAGACAGAUUACCGCUAUGACUGGAGGAGCGCGGCUGCUGGCGGGCUGUGGGGGAAGGAUCACGAGCUAUGGCAGUAUGAUGUCCGGGGCGCGGACCUUGGACUGGUCGGCGAUAGGAUUGAGAGGGCUCUGAGGGAGGCGUUCACUAAGUACUUGCUCAUUGACUCGCGGCCACGAAGGAUGGUCUGGGUUCUGCCUUCGUCCCUGCCCAUUCCAUUACUGUCGGCAGCCCUGUACAGCGUCUUCAGUCGAUUCCAGCCGCCAACUGUCUCGUUGUUGUCGUCUCCGCUUGCCUUGGCUGCUGGAGCUGGAGUACGAUCAGCACUAGUCGUGAAUCUCGGCUGGUCCGAGACGGUGGUCACCAGCGUCUACGAGUACCGGGAAGUAGGCUCCAGCAGAAGCAUUCGCGGAGGCAGGAUGCUUGUGGAGCAGACACACAAACUCCUGGCAAAACACCUCCCCGACGGUCGAGGAGACCAGGAUAGCAACCAAGAGUAUGUUCUGAGCUUUGAAGAGUGCAACGACAUCACCACCCGCAUGGUGUGGUGUAGACCUCGCCAGUCAUCUCGUCCCGACCAGCCAUCUUCCGAUGCUUUGGCGACUGUUCAUGAGCAAGAUGAAACAGAAUCGGAGGGCGUCCAGCCGGGGCACAGGCGUGGCCCGGUGGUCAUUCCCUUGAAGUCGUGGCUCUCGCCAACGUCGCUGGAGCUCCCGUUCGAUGCCCUUGCCGAACCAUGCGAGAACACGUUCUUCGACUCCCAAUAUUCGCACACCAGCUUUGAUGAUCACGAAUUGCCGUUGCAUCUUCUCGUGUACCGCAGUCUACUCCAGCUACCCGUCGAUGUCCGGGCACUCUGCAUGUCCCGCAUCAUCUUCACCGGCGGAUGCUCAAAUGUGCUUGGGCUUCGCAAGCGAGUCUUCGACGAAGUUGUAGAAAUUGCCCGGCAGCGGGGCUGGGAUCCAGUGCAGGGCAAGGGCGUACAGCAGUUCCGAACGAACCCGAAUCUGAAGAGGGGAGGAACGCGCCAAGCGGGUGAGGGACCGGUGGGCGUCGUGUCACAGCCCGGUGCUGGUGAUGAGCAAGACGGCGUUUGGCACGAUGCAGCCAACACGGUGCCAGAACCAGACCCCUUCGAGGAGCAGCUGAAGAGAGGGAUCGACAAGAGACCCCGGGUUCACGGCGAGAUGAGGGCCGUUGAGUCAGUGGGUGCAUGGAGCGGCGCGAGCUUGAUCACCCACCUCAAGGCGUCAGCUCUGGCCACGGUCGACCGCGAGGCUUGGCUGCAGCAUGGAGCUGCCGGGGCGAGCAAGCCAGAAGAUGUGGACCACAAGACACAGAGACAGAGCUUAGGAGCUGGCGGGCUGAUGAGAGGGUCCGCUGCUGGUUCCACUUGGACGCUGGGCAUCUGGGGCGCGACUUAAAUCCCAUUGCGGGAAGUGUGAGAGAUGGUGAUUGUGCUGUUAAUGUUGCGGGACGUGGAAUGGAUGGAUGGUAUACCAUUUGGGACCCAGCAGUCGAAUCACACUCAUUCAACGGGAAGCUGUCCAUUGCGUGUUGGGGGGAGUGUGUUUCAUGGGCAAUGGGGUGCUGGUUGCUGCGGCGAUCAAAGAGCAUCGCAUGUUUAUACCCCUGACGUACCUUAUUAAGUGACGCUACUUUACCAACUUGAACUGUAAAUCCCAAUGCCAACUGGGGCUCCUAGUCUAGUCGGCAAGCAACUCGCUGCUCCUUC